AUGUACCAUUGUUUUGCCAAGUUUUUUAUAUGUAAACUCUUAUUAUGUGUAGUCCUAAAUCCUUAUAGUGGUAUCCUUGCUAUAUAUCCUAAGAAUAAAAUAAAUCAAGAUGGCUUGAUAGAACUUGAAACUCGGGAGGCGGAAUAUGCGCCUUCGCAGAAUAAAGUACACUGGUCAAAAGAAUUUGAGAACUCUACAAAAUUAAAGAAUAAAUAUUCGUACAAUGAAGCAAAAAGUAUAAAAAAAGUUAGAAGAAAAGACGUACAGAAAAAAGAACCACCAUCCCCUGUACACGCAUCUAAAGGGCAGCAGUCUGUGUUAAAUAAAUUAAAAGAAUUAUUAUUGAUCAGACCAGAGGUAAUUGAAACAAGGUUAAAAAUUUUAGAAGAAACAUUGCUAUAUAAUAAAUUAAUAACAGAAUCCAAAUUAAAUGAAGUAAAAGAAGUCUUAUCUGAUAGUGAACAAAUGGAAAAGAAAAACGUCAUAAAAGUGUUAAAGGAAAACUUAUUAAGCAACCCAUCAAUAAGAAAAUUAAUGUUAAAGGAAUUAGAAGAAAUUCUGCUAGGAAAUGAAUUGAACACAGAAUUUAUUUUAAAUGUAUUAAAUAAAAAUAAGUUUAGUAAUAGAUUGUCGUAUUUGCAUUUGUUAAAUAUAUAUGGGGAAAUUAUAGUAUCCAAAAAAUUAAUGGAAGAAUCGAAGUUAAAAGAAUUAAAAGAUGUUUUGUUAAGUAACAAACCUAUAACAGAACCCCAAUUACAUGAUUUAAAAGUGUUGCUUGUUCAUAUACUAUAUAAUAUUUCUAAUUCAAAUAAUAACGUAGAAACACAGACAGGGGAUAUCAUUAAUAAUGUUCCUGAAAUUGACACGUAUAAUUUUUCACAAAGAUUCUACAACAAAUAUUGAAUGAGAGACAAUUUAUCUCUUAAACAUGGUUCGCUAAUGAAAAAGGAUUCGAACUAUAAAAAAGAUGUGCUGCAAAAAGAUGAUUUAGUAAAAGAGAAUGACCUGCUAAAACAGAAGUUUUUGAAAAAAGACGAUUUUAUAAGGACAAGUAGUUUGAAAAAAAAAACACUUUUCCCUCCAAUAUAUGAUGAUUUUGUAGAUGACACUCCAGCUAUAGACAGAAGGGAAAUAUUACAAAAAAAUGAUUUAAUAAAGAAAAUCGAUAUAAAAGAUAUUAAGAAACCGGCACCAAAGAGUGAUUCCUUGGAAAAAAUUGAUGUGGAAAUUAUUACCCCAAAGGACAAAUUACCAAAGAGCGAUUCCUCGGGAAAAAUUGAUGUGGAAAUUAUUACCCCAAAGGACAAAUUACCAAAGAGCGACUCCUUGGAAAAAAUUGAUGUGGAAAUUAUUACCCCAAAGGACAAAUUACCAAAGAUUGAUUCCUUGGAAAAAAUUGAUGUGGAAACCACACCAAAGGACAAAUUACCAAAGAGUGAUUUGGCAGAUAAAAUUGAUAAAACAAAAAUCGAGCAAAUCACAAAAAAGAAACAAUGGACUAUAGAAAUACAUAUGAGUGAAAAGAAGGGAAAAGAUGAGAUAACAACUAAAAAAAAAAAUAAAACUACUACUAUAAGCACACAUAUGUGUGAGAAGACUAAGAAAAGUGAACUAAUAGACAUUCUUGAUUCUAAAAGUAAAGAUGAUAAAAUAGGCGAAGAAAAAGUCGCAAAGAGGAAAAAAUUCAUUGUAGAUAUACAUAUGGAGAAAAAGGAGAAGAAAAAACCAUUAAUAAAAAAAAAAUGGUUGAUUGAAGUGAUUAUGAAAAAUGUGUUCCCAAAGAAGGAGUUUGAAAUAUUAAGAGAAUUAUAUGACUCCCAUAUAAUUGAUGUGGACGUCAUAGAUCUGUUAAACCAAGCGAAAGAUGAAAUUCUUUUCGAAAAUAUUCUUGCAAACACUAGAGAAAAACCUAGAAGAUUUCAAUUUUUACGAAAUUGGCGUUUUUAUGGAAUAACAGCAAUAGUUGCUAUAGGAACAAUAAUAGGCUGUGCAAUAGGAUAUAUUAACGUAAUGGAUAUAGAUGUUGUGUUAGACUCAGCAGUU